AUGACUUCACGCCCUCACACAGCCGACCCGACUGUUCUCCUUUCCACCUCGUCCGCUUCCUCAUCCUCGUCCUUGGCCACCAGCUUCACCUUCCCCGCCAGCACCACCAGUCUUGCUGCCAUCACCAACAACACCAACACCAACACCAACACCAACACCACCUCCACCUCCACCUCCACCUCCACCUCCACAUCCACAUCCACAUCCACCUCCAACACCUCCAACACCACCUCCACCGCCAGCCUAACUAGCCCUGCCAACAUCUCUCUUCGACAAACUCCCACCACCACUAUUGCUUCCACGCGCCCUGCCGUCGAUGCUCGUCCAAACCGACCCGGACUAGUCUCGCGCGCUUCCGAGAGCUCGACCAAGACGAUCCGACCCCGCCAUCACCUUCGCAUCAAGUCCUCGAGUCUCAUCCCGACCCUGUCCAUGCCCAACGUCGACCGCGAACCCACCACCACCCGACCCUCCGCCGCCUCCACCACCAACAUGGCCUCGUCUGCCACCGGCAACCCUUCUUCAGGCGCCGCCGACUUGCUGCGGCAAGCCAUGAUGCAGAGGUAA